AUUACGAACACUAUCCGAACAAUAAGCCAAAUUAGCACUACCCCCCUGGAACCGAAAAGCAUACAAAAUGGCCACCGUUAACGUAAACCGCAGCGUGACGGACAUCUUCUAUCGCUACAAGAUGCCACGUCUGCAGGCAAAGGUCGAAGGCAAGGGGAACGGCAUUAAAACCGUUCUCGUUAACAUGGCCGAAGUAGCUCGCGCUAUUGGCCGUCCGGCAACCUAUCCAACAAAGUAUUUCGGCUGCGAGUUGGGCGCCCAGACUCUGUUCGAUCAUAAGAACGAACGCUUUGUUGUGAACGGAUCGCACGAUGUGAACAAGUUGCAGGAUCUACUGGAUGGCUUCAUUCGCAAGUUUGUGCUGUGCCCCGAAUGCGACAAUCCGGAGACCAAUCUGACUGUAUCUGCCAAAAACCAAACCAUUUCCCAGUCUUGCAAGGCAUGUGGCUUCCAUGGUCUGUUGAAGGUGAACCACAAAGUGAACACGUUUAUUGUGAAAAAUCCCCCAUCGCUUAAUCCGGCUGCCCAAGGAUCGUCGCUGACCGAGGGCAAACGUUCGAAGAAGCAAAAGCAAAAGAACGACAACUCGGAUAGCUCAAUGACCAACAACUCUCUGGCCAAUAACUCUGGCGGAGAAUCGGAUGGCGGCAAUGGCACAAACCAGGCUAGCCAAACGGAGGCCGAAAUUAGCGCCGCUAUUCCGGAGAAGAGCGUCAAAGAAGACGACGAUGAGGGAUGGAGCGUCGAUGUUUCGAAGGAGGCUAUACGUGCUCGCUUGCAAGAUUUGACUGAUGGUGCUAAGGGCAUGACUAUUUCGGAUGACUAUGAUAAAACUGAAAAGGAACGCAUUGAUAUUUUCUAUGAAUUGGUAAAGGAUAAGCGGGACAAGAAGCAAUUGGAUGAUUUACAAAUUCACAAAGAACUGUUGAUCGAAGCUGAACGUUUGGAUAUUCUCAAUAAGGCACCACUGGUCCUGGCCGAGCUGCUUUUCACUGAAAAUAUUAUCAAAGAGGUGCCUAAAAACCGUAACUUGCUUCUUCGCUUCACAAUCAAUAACCCGAAAGCACAGCGCUAUUUAAUUGGCGGAGUUGAACAAACUGUCGAGCUGCAUACAAGUACACUGAUGAGCAAGGUGGCUGGAGUUUUUAAAAUAUUUUAUGAUUUAGACAUACUCGAUGAAAAGGUCAUUCUGGAUUGGGCCCAAAAAGUCAGCAAGCGUCAUGUCUCUAAGAAAAUUGCUACCGAGAUUCAUGAGAAGGUUAUGCCGUUCGUCCAGUGGCUGAAAAAUGCCGAAGAGGAGUCCUCUGACAGUGAGGUUGAUGCCGAGUCUGAGGAAGAAGAUGAACCCGUUUACAAAUCAAGAGUCGAAAAAGUGGAUAAGGUUAAGGUUGAUGAAGAAGGAGACGAGAUCAACAUUGACGAAAUCUAAAAUAAAAUUGAAAUACAGCUACUUCCGAUCAGUAGUAUUUUGGAAAAGUAAAAUCAAGCAAGCGCAAUCUACCAAUUCUUCUAACUGAAAUAUAAAUUAGCGAGUUAAAUCAAUAAGUGGUUUUUGAUCUUUGUUUUUAAGAGUGCCCCUCAAAUAAUAUCGAGUCGCUUGAUUUUCAUUUUUCGCUUUACUAUAAUUCAAUUUUUAGCAUAACAUUAUCCAAGCCGCUGUAACAAUAGACGAUAACUGAACUUAAUUACACCAACACAUAUUACAAAAUAAAGAAAAAAGUGCAAAA